GCGAAGACAGCUUGAAGUUGUGGAAACAGGGGACGGUGGUAGGUGGAUGAACGGGUUAUCUUUCGGGACCAACACGGAAUGUGAGUAGUUGAAGGAAGACAACGCGUUCAGGUAUGGAGUGCCCAGAGGGCUUUAACCAGCUAGAGCUGCUGCAGACACACGGACAACUGAUCCCCAUGGCAACGAGCAGCGCGUGGAGUGAUGGGGAGGAGGAUGCGGAGGAGAGUGAGCGCUCGGAGGAGUGGUACCAGCAGGAGGAGGCGCGACUGCAGCACACACACACACCUGCAGACCUGCUGCUGUGGGCCGCCGAGAACAACAGGCUGGCUACAGUGCAGCGGAUGCUGGCGUCGGACUCUUCCCUGAUUGGUUGCUGUGACUCAGAUGGGUACACGCCCCUUCACCGGGCAGCCUAUGGUGGGCAUGUGGGUGUGGCCUGUGCACUGAUUGACGCGGGGGCGGAGCUCGAGGCAAGGACAGCAGAUGAUUGGACGCCGCUCCACUGCGCCUGCCGCUGGGACAAUGUGGGCGUGGCCUCCUGUCUGCUGCGCUGUGGCGUGUCCGUGAACAGCCAAUCACGCGGCGGCCUGACCCCUCUGCACCUGGCCGCUGGAACCCCAGGAAGUGGGCGGAGCCUUGAGCUGCUGCUGAUGCAACGCCACCUGCUGUCAGAAACGCGCAACUGCAGCGGCGACAUGGCAGAAGAAAUAUCACACCGCACCAGCAAACACCACACACUCUUCCAGAUCACACACUCACACAACAACACACACACACAAUAACACACACCCACCAGCAAACACAACACACUCUUCCAGAUCACACACACACACACACAC